UUCUCAAUUAAUUUGAAAUUUUAAAACACAUUUGUUGUACUAACUCUACUACUAACUGUCCUGAAACUGAAGAUUCGCUCCCAAACCAGGAAAUCUCAUCUCCUUCUCGUAGAUCUUCUCCUCUGCUUCUUGUUAUACACACACACACACACUAGUGCACUUACUAAUUGCUUUGCUCCCUGUUGGAACCAUGAAGAUUCACAUUCAAUUCAGCACUCUGUCUGCCUUCAUUCUAAGAAUCCUGUUUUCCUCUGCAGAGCCAUUGUCCAGAUCGAGUGCAGCGAAAGCUGUUGUCUUGCCAUUGGAAACCCAAGAAAUCAAGUCCCCUCCACCUCCAAGCAAGCUCCCCUUCACCCACAACGUAACCCUCACAGUCUCAUUGGCCGUCGGCAGCCCGCCGCAGAACGUCACGAUGGUCCUCGACACGGGCAGUGAGCUCCCAUGGCUACAAUGCAACACGACCCGGAAGGAUCGGCCCGUAUUCGACCCGAACAGAUCAUUGUCUUACACUCCCAUUCCCUGCACUUCCUCCACUUGCACUUCCCAGACCCGGGAUCUCUCCAUACCCGCCUCCUGCGACUCCAAGAAUCUCUGCCACGCCGUCCUCUCCUACGCCGAUGCGUCGUCUUCCGAAGGGAACUUGGCUACCGAUUAUUUCGCCAUUGGAGGGUCGAGGUUUAACGGCACCAUAUUCGGGUGCAUGGAUUCGGGUUUCAGCAACAAUCUGGAUGAGGACUCGAAGACAACUGGAUUAAUGGGCAUGAACCGCGGCUCUCUUUCCUUCGUCUCCCAAAUGGGGUUGAAGAAGUUCUCCUACUGCAUAUCCGGGUCGGACUUUUCAGGUAUUCUUCUGUUCGGCGAUUCGAAUUUCACGUGGCUGCUGCCCUUGAAUUACACCCCUUUGAUCCAAAUUUCGACUCCUUUGCCCUACUUUGAUCGGGCAGCCUACACCGUCCAGCUCGAGGGCAUUAAGGUCUCGGAAACCUUGCUCCAAUUACCCAAGUCCGUAUUUGAACCGGACCACACCGGGGCGGGUCAAACCAUGGUCGAUUCGGGCACCCAGUUCACCUUCCUUCUCGGCCCGGCGUACACUGCACUGAAAAACGAGUUCAUAAAUCAAACGGCUAGAAUCUUGAGGGUUCUGGAGGACCCGGACUUCGUGUUCCAAGGAGCGUUCGAUCUGUGCUUCCGGGUGCCGUUAAACUCAACGGCGUUCCCCAAACCCCUGCCGUCGGUGAGUCUGGUUUUUAACGGUGCGGAGAUAACGGUGUCCGGCGACCGGCUGCUUUACCGCGCGCCCGGCGAGGUGAGGGGGAAUGAUUCCGUGCAUUGUUUCACAUUUGGAAACUCCGAUCUUCUGGGGAUCGAGGCGUAUAUCAUCGGCCAUCAUCAUCAGCAGAACGUGUGGAUGGAAUUCGAUCUGGAGAAAUCCAGGAUCGGAGUCGCGCAGGUGCGAUGCGAUCUGGCGGGGCAAAGAUUAAUCGCUAAAUGAUUUCAUGAUUUCUUUCCUGUUUUGGAACUAUGAUGUGUUCUUGUUUGUACUUAAAACCAGUAAUUAUUAAAUUGCAUUUAUUCCAUCGGCCAAGAUUGUCCGCUGUGAGAUUUCAGAACAUUACACUGAAGAAAGAAAAUGACCUCUUUUGACAAUAGAAUUAUGAACCGACCAAAUGGAGGAGAAGCAUGAGAUUACAUACAGUUAAAAACGAUGUUUGGAUUUGCAACAAUAGACAUACAACAAGUAUUGUAUUUGUAUGUAUUUCCUUGCUUGGGAGGAAAGUGCAAACAGUGCUUAAUAAUUACUUCAAUAUAUGGAAAGUUCUUGACACCUAAAGACUGAUA